AUGAGUCAAAAAGAUAUUGAAAACGAAGCUCAUAAACUUUAUGAGGCGAGUGGGACUAAGUUCAACAACAUUAUUGUUUUUAAUGAAGUUAUAUGUAAACAUGAGAGGUGGCCUUUAGAGUUAGAUCGUGACACAACACGUUCCCGUCCUGAAUGUGAAGUGGGUAAUGAAGAAAGUGGUGGUAGCUCGAAAAGAUCAAAGACUACUGAAGAAUGGGAGUUUUGUUUCUAUUCCAACCCAGAAACGCAAACUAGUGAUGGUUCAACGGUUAAACGUCUAACAGGCAGAGAUGCAGCAAAAAAAAAAAGGGAAAGGUAA